GGUCAGCUUCGAGCCACUUUUUAGCUUUCUGAGUAGCGUAUUUUCAUUUUAUUUUGUGUUAUCCUUUCAUUUACGCGUAAUAAAUAACAUGUAUGUAGUUGUAACAGUAGCGUGAUUAGUUAAUUAGACUAUUUGUAAGUGCACUUACAGUGUUACAUAAACGGUAGAGGGCUAAUCGUUUCGGCAAUCCCGAUGCAUAUAACUACAUAGUACGUCAGUGAACGAAUGGUGGCAUUAAGAUAAUGGAUGUGGAUGCUCCUAACAUAUUAAAAAGGUGCAGUAGUGCACCGUUAAUAAAUGAGGCAGCCACUACGGCCGCCACAUCGCCCACGACGAGCGUAGCGCCCAGGAACACGUCGAUCUUCAGCAUGUUUUCAAACAACAACCUGACGCGCACGCGCAGGCAUAGCGGGACCUUUGGUACUGUCACCUCGCCAAUCAACGUAACUAGCUCGUGGGCGCGGAUGGCGCCGCGAGUCAACCAGCUGCGCGCCGAGGAGUGCGCGGACGUGAGCAACACGCGCGAGGUGGCGCACGAGAGGGAAAUACACACCGCCAUGCAGAUGGGCCAAUCUUGUGAGGAUCUGACGCUAGUCGCCGGAUUAGCCAACUCACCCACUAGGACACCUAGAUUUUCACCAGUAGUCUCCCCUUCUCCGACGCGGAAGUAUACGACGCGGCGGAGCUUGUCCCCCAUUGCUAUCCGAGCGUCAAGCUUCAGUCCCGUCAGCCGGCCAAACAUGCUGUCCGGCAAGCGACGGUGUGACGAGGCCGACUCCCCUCUCUCCAAACGUAUGUGUACCUCAGACAGACUCACACCCUCCACGCCAGGCACGCCAGACUCAGACUCCUUAGAGUGCACAUUCAGGCCGGUCUCCCCAAGAGUCCAGCCUAUGAAUGAGUGUUCACACGAGUCUACAGAUGUCCAGGGAAAUCACAAAUCAACAAAUACUAGCUAAUAGUGUAUAAACAAUUUUAUAACAGGUUUUAAAAUUGAAACUUUUGCGGGAAUAGUUAUAUUAAGACAUCUCUUGCCAACAUCUUCGGAUAUACAGUCCAACCUUUUAUGACCUUCAAUUUUACAUUGUUUAAAAUAGUAGCUUUUAUAAAAUUACAAGUUAAGAUCUAAUAUUUUCGCAAAAGUUUUCAACUCAAUUCUAGUACUAUGUAUGGGUUUUAAUGACUUCUCAGUACUAUGGUAUUUAAUAAUAUAUAUCUCCAAAGUAUAGCGAGUCAUUACAAACCCAGUAAUAAUCUUCAUAGGGUUCAAAUUCGUGUAUUUGUUCCAAUACAGUAGCCUACCACGUUGGUUCCUAAUGAACUUGAAAUUAUUAACGUAGUUUUAUAGGAAUGAACUGUAAAGUAUAUCUCAAAUAGCUCUGGUUCCGUUGCUAAAUUGCAUAUUGUAACAAGUAUGUUUUAUAAUAUGUAGUUGUAUGUCUUGUCUGAGACUGGCUGGAGUCAAUGACAACAUCAGGUCAUAGUGUAACAAUUAACAAAAGUAAAUUCGUCCUUGACACGACUCACGACAUGGGGUCGCGGUCGUAUAAAAUUUUUCAUCAUCAAGGUGCGCUUGACUAAAUAAGAAUGAGGUGUUUUCACAAUUUCAAUAGUAAAUAGCAAUAGAAAUGCAAUAGUUCAUCAAAAUAUGACAUGUAGCAACGGACUAGCGCAUGAGAUAGACUUAAGCGAGUGCCCUAUUGUUAGCCAAAGCAUCCAAAACUUUAUUGUAAAUAUAUUUAGAAGCGUUCGCGUGUAUAGAACGUGUAAUGUAUAUAAUUUAAAUCGUAAGUUAGGAUAGUAAACACUCGAAAGUGUGUAGGUAUUAUUGCAGGAGCGAUAACUUCGUGUAGUUUCGUUUAGUCAUUGGUAUUUAAAAUGUAUAUCGCGUUGCGACAAUAAGUUGCGUGCUUUACACCUCGUAAGCAAAUAUGGAAAAAUCUGUUUUGGUCGAUUUUGUAUGUAUUUUAGAUUUGUCGAAUAUUUCUGUGAUUUGAGGUUUAAUGUGAAGUGGCUUGCAUGGAUCCGAGAGCGUUUGAAAUGUUAAUUCCUCACAUUGCAUGUUAUUUAUUUAACAAACUUACAAUCGUCAUAACAAAAAUAUAUUCGAAACGUAUUUUCAACAGUAAGUUGCACAAAUUAAUAACUGUAAUUUUCAUUAUAAAUAAGGUUUUAUAGGAGUCAUGCAAGCUGCGUGAUGUUUAAAUUAAUCCGCCGAUCGUAAUUUAAGUUUAUACAAAAUAUACUGUUACUGAAGAGCUGAGUAUUUACUAGGCAAUAACAAAAUAGGACAUAGCAUAACAUUACUUUAUUUUAAUCUCAAGCUCUAACAUAUUGUGUAUCGGACACAAAAUAAUUAAAUUUCAGCUUCUGUUUAUGUAAAUUUGUCUAGUGAAUACAAUAGCCGUAGGUAUUGAUGGUUUUUUUCUUAGUUAUUGUAACCUCACCAUUGUUAAGGCAAAUACUAAUAUGUGGCAAACAUGUUACGGCUUUAAUGAAGUAUCUUUGACGGUAGAAAUGAUAAGUACAGUAUACUAAAUGCUCUUGAAGCAAUUUUUUUAAAUUCAUUUUCAACAUAACAUUACAUUUUUAGUCUGUACAUUCCUUUUAGGUAAAAUUGGUGAAACAUUGGACCACACCCGGAAUACUUUCAUUGUUUUCUAAGCCACCCCAACUUGCUCCGAUAAGACCCAUAUAUAAACAUGGACUUUCUACUUAUGAAAGAAAGGCGUGAGUUUCUGUAUUUAUGUAACGGCCCAAUGUUACCCAAUAUGGCUAUUUUAUUUCAUCGUAAUCAAAAUACAAAUAGAAGUCUUGCAGCACCAGAAAUGACAGCGCGAAAUCUUUGUUUUACGUUUCUAAUGAAUAUAAUAUAGUACCUUACUCAUUUCUAAUUGUCACAGACACUUCUAGUUCCUGCCAUGCCUCCGCAUGUUCGUAAAUUGUGCAAUAUUUUUCUCCACUACGCCGUAAUGUGUGACCACAGCAUUGCCUUAUAAUUUCUGAUAGCUUAGGAAAUGUGAUCUACAUAUUUUUAGCUAUAGAUUGCCCUAAACUUUAUAUACAUGAUUUAGAUCUAUGGUGACUUUGUUUGUCCGCAUUUAUUAAACUACGAAAAUAGACAAUGGGUUUAGCCAGCCACCUUAUAAUGCACAGGUGCAAAAAUAAUUAUAACUAUCUAAUUUUCUCUUGAAUUAUAAUCAUUAAUCUUCGACGUGGACGUAACAAAGCACUCCAUUCCUUUUAAAUGAAAAUAGAUCGUUGACGUAUAGUAAAAGCGAUCUGUAUAAGACCACCUGUAUUUCAUUAUCAAAUAAUUCAUCUCAAUGAUUUGUAAAUUAAUUAAUGAGCCCUCCUGUAGGCACCGGGAGUAGAAUUGUAUGUAAUGUGAUAAAUCUUUUCAUGUAUCGAAAUGUAAUUUUUAUAACACUUGUAAUAAUUGUGUUGCUGACAGAAAUUAAUCGUUUUUCGGAUUACCUCAUGGUUGCAGUCGUGACCUGAACGUGCAUUUGUGUUAAUAUAGUUUGUGCUAUGUAUAUAAGUUGUAAGGCCACGACAUCUUGUCCCGUGUUUACCUACGUGUAUAAGUAGGUAUUUUUUCGUAAUUUUUUGUAUGUAUGUAUUAGUCAAGAUGUCAGGUUUGACUGCUGGAAAAACCAUUUUGUUUUCAAGUGUGAUUAAAUCACAACAUGAAUAAU